AUGCGCUACAAAACCCUUUUAUCUUUUUUGCUUCUUUCCUCUUCUCUUUGCAUUUCCUCUCUGGGGGCAGCAGCAGCAGCAGCAGCAGCAGCAGCAGCAGCAGCAGCAGAACAGCAGCAGCAGCAGCAGCAGCAGCAGCAGCAGCAGCAGCAGCAGCAGCAGCAGCAGCAGCAGCAGCAACAGCAGCAGCAGCAGCAGCAGCAGCAGCAGCAGCAGCAGCAAAGAGCAUCAAAAAGAAACGGAGCUUAA